AUUAAUAAAUAUGUAAAAAAUUCCUCUCUCUCUACAUUUUUUCACUUUCAGGACCAAGUCAGAUUGGUGAGGCAGCGCAAGUCAGAGCUGCUGCUUGGACUACAGACCCUGAAGAGGCCACUCGCCUGCUGACUGAGAAAAGGAGACAAGCCCGACUCCAGAGAGAGAAGGAGGAAGAGGAGCGCAGACUGAAAGAGGAGAUGGAAAGAAAGAGCAGAGAGGAACUGGCCCGUCAAAGAGUUGAAGAACGAGCCAGACAGGAAGCAGAGGCCCUCAAACUGAAGGAGGAGAAGAGGAAGAGAGAGGAAGAAGAGCGACUCAAGGCUGAAGAGGAAAACACUCGCAGACAGAAAGAGGAAGAAAACAGGCUUCAACAGCAGAGAGAGCAAGAGGCUCGUCAGAGGGUGCUGGCAGAGCAGCAGAGACUGGAAAGAGAGAGUCGUUUCCAGAAAGAGGAGGCCGAACGCCAAGACAGGAAAAAG